UACAUAAUUAUGCUAGUAAUUAUCGGACAUCCCUAAUUUUUUCCUUUUUAAUCAGAUAAACUGUGGUUGAAUUGUGCUGAGGUUUGUUGCUCUAUGAUAAGUACGUAAUAAAGAACGUAACGACUCAGAUUUAUGCGUAACAUAUUGACGAUUUCUUCAGCCAUAAUAAUGUUAUUAAAAUGUGGACUUACCCAGGCAGGACGUCACUAAAGACCUUGGUGUGAGGUACUACAUAUGCUGUAUAAAAUGUGUAGCCUAAAUGAAAAAUAAUGCUCAAGCUAACCGAUGCUCAGGACAAGAAGUCCAGCUCUCCAACAACUCUAGAAACAUCAAAGUCAUCCCUCUAAAGCCAUUCAGCUAAGCCGGAGUCUUCACCUCUGCUGAACGAUCCGAUAUCAAAUAGUUUGACUCAGCAACACUGUGGCUGACAUUGAUUUUCAAAGUAUCAGUGGGAAACACACAUUUGUUUGGUGAAUUAUCUCUGCUGUAUUUACUGUUGUGCAUCAACGCUACAAAGGAUCGUGGAGGAUCUGAACGAUGCGUAUUAAGUUUGUCAGAUUUAAUUAACUGCAGACAGUUGCUGGACUACGUCCAAAGGAAUGUCAUUGAAAUAUGAAUGUUACAGAUAGUGAAGCACAUAUGACACAUUUUUAUGAGAUUAACACCAGCAGCAGCACCUGAGUGAUUUAUUCUGCCCACUGCAGCUACUGUACCCCACUUUGAUUCUCAACAGAUGCCUAAUAGACCAAGGGGAGAGCUGACAAUGCAGCUCACAGAAAGUUUCAGUGUCAUUACCUCCAUAGCUGCUCUAGAGCGCUGACAAAAUGUCUUCGCACUUGGCUCAACACAGAUUGACCAGGCAAAUUACAUUUGGUCACCAGGUGUGGAACACGUAGUGAUGGAAUGAUUUUUGUCCCGUCUAUUGGAAGAUGCUGCUGACUGGAUGACUGAAUGAAUGAAUGAAUGAAUGAAAUCAUCCACUCAUCAUCUACCGCUUAUUUCUCUGCCUGGUUGGGAGUGUGCUUUAGCCAAUCCCAGCUCUCAUCAGGCGAGGGCGCUCUCAUCGAGGGCGGCGUACACUCUGGACAGUUCAACAGUCCAUUGAAAGGGCCACAUAUAAACAAACAGACAUUCACACCUACAGUUAAUUGAAAGCAGUGAUGUCCAAUGAGUAGAUCAGGAUCGACUAGUCAUUUUUUCCUGUUAUUCCCAUACACCAUUUCCAUAGUGUUUAACUGCAGUUCAUUUUGUGUGCCUUUGUUCUUCUGAGUUUUCAUUCUUCUCAUCUUUGCCCUCUCCUCGUCUCUGUGCACUGUUGGCUGGCACGGUUGGUUUCAUUUGCAUAUUUCUUUUCUAUUACUGCUGAAAGGGAUAACAACAGUUUUAUGUACAAUACCAUCAUCAUUUUCCUAUUAACUUCAAAGGACUCCGUUGGUAAUUACCCCUAAUGCGUGCACUCUAUUCUGUAUGUGACAUCAAAGGAAAGAUUAAGCUGUGCGGGUGAGACAUCAUCACCUGCCGAACAUGCCAACACAAAUCAGACAAUUUACAGUAAAAGUAUCAGCACCACCAAACCCAGAUGGCACGAAACACAAAAGCAAACAAAGCCUUGUUUGAGGUAACCAUGAUGAAAGCUUCAAAGAGAAAGACAUCCUCUAAAGUAGAGGGGCCGAGGAAAAAGCGAAGGAAUGCUGACAGUGUUUCCCUCCAAAGCCCAAGAGGUUCUACAUCCAUGAAACAAGAAGAAAAAAGCACCAUCCUCUUAGGCAAAACUAGCAGGGACGACUUUAGCAACAGAUACAAGCAACUUCACAAGAUCGGAGAAGGAGGUUUUGGAUCUGUUUACGCUGGCACAAGAACCUCAGACCAGUUACCAGUGGCAAUUAAACAGAUCCUUAAAUCUGAUGUGAAGAGACGAUCAAUAGUAUUAAAUGGGAUAAAACACGUGAUUCCCCUUGAGGUGCUCCUUAUGUGCAAAGCCGCAGGUGAACCAGAGCCAGUCGGUAAAUCAGCAGCCGUAUCAUUGUUAGAAUGGUACGAUCUGGACCGCGAGAUUCUUCUUGUCAUGGAGAGACCAGAGCAGUGUGUGGGCUUAUUGCAAUACUUAGAAGAAUAUGGUCCAUUAAAUGAGGCCAUGGCAAAAAUCCUAAUGAAACAGCUAGUGGAAGCAUAUUUACAAAUGGACUCUGUCAAAAUCUUCCACCGGGAUAUCAAGUCUGAAAACAUCCUCAUUCAGCUUCUCUCCCAUGUCCCAAGAGUUCGAGUCAUUGACUUUGGAUGUGGCUGUAUUUUGAGAGACAGACGAUAUCGUUAUCGCACCUACUCUGGAACGCAUGCAUAUAUUCCUCCAGAGUUCAGGAUUUAUGGGUCUUACGAAGCUGGGCCCACCACAGUCUGGCAACUUGGUGCGGUACUCUUUGAAAUGGUACAUAAAUCAACUCAGUUUAACACUGAAGGAUUCCUCGAGAAGAAAUGCAGAAUCAGCACUAGGCUGUCCCAGCGCUGUCGGGACUUGUUAAACAUGUGUCUGGCUCAGAAGCCUGAGGACCGGGCCACCCUGAAGCAGAUAGCACAGCACCCGUGGUUAAAGGUUCAACCCACUCAACAAAAUCUCUUCAAACCUUUGGUAAACCCACUACCCCUAAUGCAAAAUGACGACCAACCGACUCCGUCAGUACUUCCGUCCAACACAACCGCAGACCAACACUACAACGCUCAGUCCCCAUUACGACAUGUUUUUCUGACAUUAGCAGCAAAACUCUCCUUCCCGAACCCAAGCCCUGUUCCCACGAUGCCACGCCGCACUUCCAUCCCAUCUAGAAAUCCAAAGUAAAUGUUGAGUACAGUUGCACAGAUGGAGAUUCAGUAGAGAUUCACCAAGCACACUGGACAUUUUGAACAGAUGUAGUGCCAUUAUGAUCUGACUUCCAUGCAGGGCAUUCAACCUAUGGCUCUAAACCUGUUGAUGCUCCUAAUCCUAUGUGAUAUUCCAUGGAUAUAACAUUUCUUUAUUUUUAUUCUUUAAUGUUUGUCAACUCUCAGUUAUAUAUGAUGUGUUCAUUCAUUUGGAAGGCAAAUGUACUGUUUCACUAUUAUAAAUUGACUUUGCAUUGCUGUGAAAUCUCGCCAACUUUUGCCGGUGCUAGCACUGCAUCUGUGAUAAAACGACAUGAUGCAAAACCCAACACAGUGUAUGUCGCAAAGCUUUAAAAAAUAUAAAAAAUCAAAUAUGAAUCCAAAAUCUACUAAUAAAAAAAAGAUAAGAGACUAAAAAUCGAGACUUGUUGUAUCGAGGACUAAGAAUAUAGAUUGAACGCGAAAAAAAAUGAUACAACUUUGGUCAUCUUCUGUUGCCAGUCCUGUAUGUCUUUGUCCACCAAGCCACAGCAGUAGUAAAUCUGACUGGCAACCAGACAGGUGUCAAUUUAGAAAAAAAACAAGACAAAAUAAAAACUCUUGAAGUUGCAUUCCAUCCAUGUCGUGGUUACACAUUAU